AUGCUGCAAGAUGUGGCGUCUCCCGAAAAGUGGAGGACCUUCCUCCACCAAUGUUUAGCGCAUCGAGUAGAUGUCGACGAGUUCAAAGACUUAUCCAAAUUGAUGCUCACGCGUUCUCCAGUAAAAGAGGAUGAGCUACUCGAUAUGCUCCUUGAGGCGCGUGGCGCCUCCACCAUCACCUGGGAUCCACUCCUGCCUGUUUACGUCGACGGGCUUUGCAAGGCUGGCCAGAUCAAGGCGUCUUCGGCGUUGACGAGUGUGCUCAAGCAUUCUUCAAUUCACGACCAAAACGGAAAUCGGAGCAAAACCUCUACGCUUAUGACUGAUAUCAAGGUCAUCGGGGACGUCAUGCUUUCUAUCUCCACUGGGGCCAUCCCGCGGUCUGCCAAUGAAGCUGCGGAGCUCUACACUGCCACCGUAGAGUGGAUAUUUGCGGUCGUUUCGUCCCAUAAAAACAAUAUGGGCUCACCGCAGCAUAUGGGUGGUUUGAUGAGCUCCCCUGACGCAGUUUCGUUAAUUGAGUCGAUCGGGAUUCUGCUUGCUGCGCUGUCGGGCACCGCCAAGGGCGUGGAAACGCUUUCCAGCGACUCACAAAAAGGUGUAAUGAAGGGUCUGAAACAGAAACUGGGCCAGGCCCUCUCCGCCUAUAUUCCUCUCUGUGUGGAUGUUUCGUUGCCUCUGCGUCAGCGGCUGGAUGCACUGCAGAAAGAAUUCAAUCUAUAUGGGGAGCAAUCCUCAAAGCCAUUAGAUCAUUCCGGCAUUGAUGGCUUGAAUGUCAAUGCUCUUCAAUUCGAGGGGUCUGUCAUGGAUGGUCCGAUCAUUAACACUAGAGCUGGCAUCUAUGUGUAUUUGAAUUCCAUGCUCGCCGGCCGGCCCUUGGUCGAUGACUCUAUGCUCCUCAAUUAUCUCACCAAUCGAUAUGAGGGCCACCAGGAGGUACUUAUCGAGGAAAUGAUUACGGCUGCCUUUGAUGUCUUGUCCAAUGGUGUCUAUCGCAAUGAAUCUAGUCGGACGAUGUUCCUUUUCAGAUCAUUCCUAGUCAACAAGCUGCCCGCGUUUUUUGCCGCAAUGACGGCCGCUGCCAUGGUUCCGAUAAAUGUGGAGAUUUGUGUCAGCCAAGCAUUAAACCGGUUGGAUCCCAAUUUGUUUCCCUCUUUCUCCCAAAUGUUUUCGAUGCAAGGCAACAGCAUCCUUUCAGAUGCCCGCCAAGAGUUCUUAUUCGCCUGUGCAGCUCACAGGCUCAUCCCAGAGUCCAGCAUUGAGCGUCUUCUAGGAGAAAAUCCCAUGCAAACACUGCCUGUUGGAGGCCCAUAUCAGAAGGACGAUCUGAUUUCUCAGAUCAACAGUCACCCAGACCGUGCUGAUCAAUUGAUUGGCGAGAUUGAGUCUAUGGAGGGUAAUGCGGGUGCGAUCGUUGGUGCGAUUACCGAGGUCAUGUUUACUCUUUGCCAUGGCCGAGAGACGAUCGCGUUGAAGGGCAUCUGCAAUGCGCUCUCCCGACGCCCACAAGCUCUCGAUGUUGUCUUAUUAUUCAGGACCACGAGGCAGGUUUUGCAACCUCUCUGUGACCUUCUGGAUACCUGGCGGUGGGAUGAGGAACAAAGUGAGAAUCAACCGGUCUAUGAUGAAUUCGGUAGCAUUCUUCUACUGGUACUUGCCUUUAAAUACCGCUAUGACCUCAGCCCGUCAGACCUUGGCAUUUCCAGUAGCAACUCCUUCUUGUUGAAUCUUCUGGAUAGAGGUCCCUGCAGCCAGAAGCUGACGGAGCUCAGUGACAAGCAGAACACUGACCUAGGUGGAUGGAUUGGCGCUCUGUUCAUUGCCGAGGGUAUCAAUGAGGAGACCAUGGCAUCUUGCAGUCCACAGGAAUUCUACCUUCUUGUGGCUACAUUAUUCGACCAAAGUCUUGGAGCAUGUGAAUCAGGGAAGAUGGAUUUCGAUACAUUAAAGGGAGGACUUGAAUAUUUGCUUGAACCCUUCUUGUUGCCAUCGUUAGUGCUCGCUUUGACUUGGCUGGGCAAUCACAUUUGGGAGUCAGAGACUGACCCCGCAAUCCCUUUACGGACGCUAUAUUCUUUGGUUAAGCCAAGCUCCAUCUCUGGCGAGGCGCAAGCCAUCCAUCAUACGGUUCUCAGCAUCACUGCCCGCCCUCUCGAAGAACGUCUCAAAGAUGUUCGAACUCGACACCAAUCGCGCUCGGAUAUUAAACCAAUCCUAGACGCGCUAGAGCCGUACCUUGCCUUCCGCCGAGUAGGUGCUUGUCACCGCUCCGAGCUGGAGGGAUGGUCCACACAAACCGUGGGUGGCUUCCCAGGGAGCAUCCGCAACACAUUACAGGCACUUGUGAUGUGGAGUACAAACUCGGUCAUGAAUAUGGCACCACAAUCCUACUCGCAUCGCCAAAUACUAGCAGGGAUCCGCAUCCUCGGUGCUUCUCGAGUCCUGAAUGCCCUACUCGAUGAACUAAAACAGCAAACCGAGACCGGCAGCGGCGACCUGGCCCUCGAUAUCGUCGCAACAAUCACCAGCGCCCCGAUGCCUGAAUCCUUCGCCGUGGACCAGAACAGCUGUCAUCCCGUCGACCCAACCAAGGAGGCUCUUCCUCGCUGCCAGAUCCUGACCUUGCGUGAUGCGCUAGCUCUUCAACACGAUAAUGUUCCCAAGAUCUCGGAGAAAGAUCCACUACGCGCGGAGAUCAUUGUCCGUCUCUGGCGCCGCGUCAGCAUGUUGACUACGCCCCCAGCUCAAGUCCCAAAUAUCGAUGUAAGCAGCAUCAUUCACAAUAUGGAUCUUGGCGUCGAUGCUUCAGAUCGCAUGGAUCUUGAACCUUCUGCUGGUGUGGGUGGUGCUGUUGGUGACGACGAUUCCGAGAAUAUUAACCAGAUGCUCGAUAAUGCCGCUGCUGCUGCGGCGGCGGGCAUGGAUGGUGGUAUAGGUCAAGAUAUGGGGUUAGAUGAGGGUACCGCUGGCAUGGAUGCCAUUGACGAUGUUCUCAACGCUGCCGAUAUGGCGGUUGGGAACCCCGAGUUCCUGGAUCUGGAUAUGGAGGGCAUGUUCUAA